UGAGACCACUCGCUCCCUGCACGAUCAGAGCCCACACUUGUGCACAUGGUCUCUGUCAGACCUUUUCGGCAUCAACUGUCUAAGGCUGCACUUCGCCAAGAAGUUGUCAACGAUAGGCCCUGCCCUUAUGCUACAGGUGCCUUGAGAAGCUUCCAGUUCUGACCAGACCUCUGGAGCUGAAAGAUGAAGAGCCGAGUCGUCCUGCUGCUCCUCCUCGCCACCCUGCCCGCCCUGCCCUUCACUCAGGCUGCUGUGUGUCCUGACAGAGAGCCCGGCUUGCAGCCAUGGACACCCGGCCACAGCGAGGCUCAUCGCGUCACCAUCGGUUACGGCCGCAAAGUCCUCCUCACCAGCUCAGGAACGGUCCACUCCAUCGAGAUCCUCAACGGGGGAAAGCUUGUAAUUGCCGACACCAAUCGACCCAUCUUGCUGCGGGCCAAACACAUUCACAUUGGGAACAAGGGAGAGCUGCACAUCGGCAGCCCAGACUGCCCAUAUAAAGGCAGCCUCACCGUAUCCCUCUUCGGGAGAUCCGACGAUGCUGACAUCGGGCACAGCUACUUCGGGCGAAAGUACCUCGGCGUGGGCACGGGAGGCAAGCUGGAGAUCCACGGCGCCAAGAAGCUGUCGUGGACGUUCCUCAACAAGACACUGCACCCCGGCGAGGGCAACGAGAACAGCUACCACUUCGAGAGAGGCUGGGGGAACAGAGGCAUCAUCGUCCACGUCGUCGACCCCAGCACUGGCAACGUGCUGCACAACGACAGGUUUGACACGUACCGGAGCAAAGACGAGAGCCGGCGGCUGGCUCAGUACGUGGCGGCCGUGGAGGACGGCAUGAUUCUCGCCAUGGUGGUCAACGACGAGGGCUCCAACAACCUGGAGGACACGGCCAAGAAGGCGCUCAACAAAUUAGGCAGCCGGGAGCUCACUCGGCUGGGAUUCCGUCAUCCAUGGAGUUUCAUCACAGUGAAAGGAGAUCCAUCCGCUGCCGUCGAGGACCGUGCCAUCUAUCAAGGCACCAAGGCGUCCUCGGAGGCCAAGAGCUCCAAGAUCUUCCAGACAGGCUACAGCGAACACUUCACUGUUACCACCUCCAGCCAGUGGGUCCAAGAGGCGGAGUGGACCGAGUGGUUCGACCGGGAUGAUGAAAGAGGCUCUGGAGACUGGGAGAAGCUCUCUGAUCUCCACAAGGCUUUCCCCGAGCGACUCUGCAGCAACCCAAUGGACAUGGAGGCCGAGACCCAUGACGGCAUCCCGGCGAACAUGACGGGCGAGAUCUUCUCCAAGAACGACAGGAACUACGGCUUCGUGUGCCUGAACAAGGACCAGCUCGACGGCGUCUGCCACAACUACAGAGUGCGCUUUCUGUGCGGGAAGCUGGUUCGCCCACAGGCGUCCAUCACGGUGGACAUGCUGUCCAACUCCAGCAUCCUGGAGCUGGCCGACGAGGCCCGGGGCUGGAGGGCCGGCGACCGCCUGGUGGUGGCCAGCACCGACUACUCCAUGCACCAGGCCGAGGAGUUCGACGUGCUGCCCUGCCCCGCCUGCGCCUCCAACCAGGUCAAAGUUCAAGGCAAGCCGGCCUUCGUGCACAUGGGCGAGGAGGUGGACGGAGUGGACAUGCGGGCGGAGGUCGGCCUGCUGACCCGGAACAUCCUCAUCCGCGGGGAGAUGCAGCCCACCUGCUACGGCACCGAGGCCUGCAACUUCUUCGACUUCGACACCUUCGGCGGUCACCUGAAGGUGGAGAGGGGUUUCCGCGCGGUGCAUGUGGAAGGGGUGGAGCUGCAGCACAUGGGUCAGCAGUCGAUGGGUCACUACCCGGUGCACUUCCACAUGAACGGAGACGUGGACGAGAAGGGCGGCUACGACCCCCCCACCUACGUGCGCGACCUCUCCAUCCACCACACCUUCUCCCGCUGCGUCACUGUGCACGGCUCCAAUGGGCUUCUGGUGAAGGAUGUGGUGGGCUAUGAUGCCCUGGGACACUGUUUCUUCACGGAGGACGGGCCAGAGGAGAGGAACACCUUUGACCACUGCCUGGGGCUGAUGAUCAAAGCCGGCACUCUGUUGCCCUCCGACAGGGACAGUAAGAUGUGCCGGGACAUCACCAACGGAGCUUUCCCCGGCUACGUGGCCAAGCCGCGGCAAGACUGCAGUGCCACGUCCACCUUCUGGAUGGCCAACCCCAAUAACAACCUCAUCAACUGUGCAGCUGCGGGCUCGGAGGAGACAGGCUUCUGGUUCAUCUUCCAUCACAUCCCCACGGGGCCUUCAGAGGGCAUGUACUCUCCAGGCAGGACGGAACACACCCCCAUGGGACAGUUCAUCAACAACCGCGCCCACUCCAACUACAGGGCAGGGAUGAUCCUUGACAAUGGAGUGAAAACGACUGAAGCCAACGCCAAGGACAAGAGGCCCUUCCUCUCUCUGGUGGGCGCGAGAUACGGUCCGCAUCUGGACGCCGACCCGUUCAAGCCCAGGGUGCCGGCGCUGAUCCACCACUUCGUGGCCUACAAGAACGAGGACCACGGGGCGUGGCUGCGCGGAGGAGACGUGUGGCUGGACGACUGCCAAUUUGCUGAUAAUGGUAUUGGCCUGACGCUUGCCAGCGGAGGCACCUUUCCGGACGACGACGGCUCCCGUCAGCAGGUGAAGAACUCGCUGUUUGUGGGCGAGAGCGCCAAUCGAGGCAUGCCCACGCCCGUGAACACCGUCUGGGGCCCGGGAGGACCUGACCUGACCGACAGGACGCUGCCCCGAGGAGUGAACUUCCCCAUUCGAGGAAUGCAGAUAUAUGACGGGCCCAUCAACGUCCAGAAUUGCACCUUCCGCAAGUACAUCGCUCUUGACGGCCGACACACCAGCGCGUUCGGCUUCCGACUUAACAACUCCUGGCAGAGCUGCCCCAACAACAACGUCACCGACAUCACAUUCGAUGACGUUCCGAUCACGUCCCGCGUGUUCUUCGGUGAGCCGGGCCCCUGGUUCAACCAGAUGCAGAUGGACGGCGACAAGACCACCAUUUUCCACGACGUGGACGGCUCCGUCAGCGAGUACCCGGGGGCGUUCCUGGUCAAGGAGGACAACUGGCUGCUGCGCCACCCAGACUGCAUCGAUGUGCCCGACUGGAGGGCUGCCAUCUGCAGCGGGCACUACGCCCAGAUCUACGUCCAGACGCGCAACCCGGCCAACCAGGACCUGACCAUGGUGAAGAACGAGUACCCGGAGCGGCCGCUGAGGCUGGUGGGAGCCCUGGGGAAGAGGAACCACUACCAGCAGUUCCAGCCCGUGGUGGCCCUGGCCAAGGGCUACACUAUGCACUGGGACAAGCCUGCCCCAGCCGAGGUCACCAUCUGGCUCAUCAACUUCAACAGGGGCGACUGGAUCAGCGUCGGCAUCUGCUACCCUCGAGGAACCGCCUUCACCAUCAUCUCAGACAUCCACAACCGGCUCACCAAAGAGACGCGCAAAACGGGCGUCUUCAUGCGAACCAUGGACCGGGACAAGAUGGGCCACGGGCACCAGUCCAGGGGAUACUACUUCUGGGAGGAGGAGACCGGGCUGCUGUUCCUGAAAGCGAGAGCGCACAAUGAGAAGGAGGACUACGCCUUCUGCUCGGUGAAGGGCUGCGAGAGGGUGAAGAUUAAAGCGGUCAUCCCCAAGGGAAGCGGCCCGAGCGACUGCCUGGCGGAGGCCUACCCGCGACACAUCGAAGUGCCCGUCGUCGAUGUUCCCAUGCCCAAGAAACUACCUCGCGUUAAGCUGCCACAGACAUCCGAGCACUUCCUGGAGAUCCGACUGGAAUCCUACAACACACGCUUCUUCCACAUCAAAGAGGACUUUUCCUUCACAGAGGUCAACGGCAAGAAAAUCUACCAGUCCGAUGACGGUGUGCAGCUGACGGCCAUCGAAGGUCACUCCGGGAAAGUGUUGGACACCAAAGGCUUUCGGAACUCUCUUCUCAUGGGCAUCCCAGCACAGAUAGACAACUACAUCACUGGCCUUAAAGAGGAAACAAUAGUACUUGUCACCUCAAAAGGACGCCUUGUGACCAGAGGAGCAUGGACGAAAGCACUGGAGCGAAUUGGAGCAGACCCAAAUGUGAAAUUGAAAGAUAAAAUGGUGUUUGUGGGAUUCAAAGGGAGCUUCAAGCCCGACUGGGUGAAGAUGGUGGUGGACGACAGUCAGGCCAAAAUCCACCAAGUCUUACCCAUCCCCAUCGUCAGGAAGAUGAGCCUAUAAGGGAGGCCUGCGUGCGUGAGCACUAGACUAAGACUAGACUUCAGUCUCGCUCUCGCCACUGCCUCACUAAAGACUGUGUGGGAGCACAGAGUCGUCAAAAAGCACAGAGAGGACUACUGAUGAACUCGAGGAGACAACGACAAAGACUUAAGACGAAGAAGAAGAACAAGAAGAAGAUAAAACAGAACCAUUCAAAAGCAUGCGUUUGUGUUGCCUAGCUUACCCUCCCAGCUGGUCUCAAUAUCUGUGACUAUGUGGACGUGAGUGAGUGUCGUCAGUUGAGUAUACUUGACUUUCCUGGAAAAGAAAAACAGAAGAAAAAAAAAAUACAUUCCUCGUUUCGUCCUACUCGGUGAUGUCAAAUCUGUCUCAUUCCAGAAGUUGUUUUUACUUCGCUUCUAUGGGGUUUCCAGCUUAAUAUUGUGAUGUUUUUCACAGUCGUCUCAUAUCAACAUUUUGUGGUGUUAUGUUUGAGUUCAAGUACCAGCGACCAAAUUGUACUCUAGUCUAAAGGACUAAAAUAUUUCGGAAUGAGCAUCCUCAAAGAUAGGGAUGUGUUUUAUCUUGGCCACUGAAACUAUUAUGAAAUGUAAAAGUAGCAAUUUCAGAAUUAUAAGUAGAAAUCCAGAAGUAAUGGCAAUUUAGAUUGGGCCACACUUCUAAAUUAUGCAGGGAAGAUGAUUUUAUUGUCUUCAAUUAAAAUGAGUUGUUUACAAUAUGCAAACUGUGGAUGACAACUUGCACUCUUAAAAUGAUAGCUUGCCAUAAAUACCUGUUAUGUGUAUUGGAAUGGGGCACUCCAUCAAAAUUUUGAGAUUAGAAAUACUGGGACCAAAAAGAGAUUAGGAAGACAUCUACAUGUUCAGUGGCACAACAGCAUAACACCAGCGCACUGGUACAAAAUAUAUGGGAAAGUUUUUGAAAGUGUUCUUUGUUGUAAUAAUUGAUAUUGGCCACUUCAUCGACUCCUGGAGUAAUUGUAUGUGGUUUGCUUGCAACAACCGUUAGCUGGAGCUGAAUUGUAAAGAGAUUGUCUGCCAUAUAGCCAUUUUUGAUGGAAUGCCUCCUUACACGUUGUUAAUUAGCAACCUUUUGGCAAGAAGCCGGAGAUUCCUUUUUGCCGAAAUAGCUGGUCUUUUUUCGGAGAUUGUAAUUGUUUAUGUUUUAUAUGUUUUAUGUGUUUCUAAAAUUCCUCAGAUUGAUAACAGAGAUAUAUUUUAUACUUAUUUAUUGUACAGGCACAAUCAAACAAAUAUAGAAGGGACAUCUUUUAAGUUGUAAUGCAUUUCUGUCCUUACUGUAAAAAUAUAAUUUACUACCAUUUAAAUGAGUAUACCACGCCAAGUGUAUGAUUCAGCAUAUACAUCAGCCAUUGUUUUAGUUGUAUAGUGGUGUUAUAAAUGUGACUUUGAGAGAAGCAAUGUAAACUCAUUACUUGUUCAGAAUAUUUUGUACAGAAAUAAAAAAAAGAGAAAAAAAAGAACCAUCG